AUGCAGGCCUUCAGUCGUCGCUCAGCAGGCUUGUUGAGAGCAGCUAUCCACAGUCAAAGAUACUCCACCGCUACCUCCGGAUACGCCGCAACUGCGGAGAACCUGCGGAUAAACAGCGACACCAAGCUCAUAUAUCAAGGCUUUACUGGAAAACAGGGAAGCUUCCACGCCCAACAAGCCAUUGACUAUGGAACCAACGUCGUCGGCGGCACGAAUCCAAAGAAAGCAGGAGAAACACACCUAGGCAAGCCAGUCUUCGCCAAUGUCAGCGACGCAGUGAAGGAAACAGGCGCCACCGCCUCCGCAAUCUUCGUCCCCCCACCCGUCGCAGCAGCCGGUAUAGAAGAAGCGAUCAACGCCGAAAUCCCCCUCGUAGUCUGCAUAACAGAAGGCAUCCCCCAACAUGACAUGGUACGACUCACUUCGAUUCUGAAAACGCAAUCGAAAACGCGGCUUGUCGGUCCAAAUUGUCCCGGCAUAAUCGCACCCGGCCAGUGCAAAAUUGGCAUCAUGCCCGGCUUCAUCCACAAAAGGGGGCGGGUCGGUAUCGUGUCCAGAUCUGGCACACUCACAUACGAAGCAGUCAAUCAAACCACGCAAGAAGGAUUGGGUCAAUCGCUCGUUGUGGGAAUAGGAGGAGACCCAUUCAGUGGCACGAACUUCAUCGACUGCUUGAAAGUGUUUCUGGAGGAUGAGGAGACGGAGGGGAUUGUGAUGAUUGGAGAAAUAGGAGGUAGUGCCGAGGAGGACGCGGCAGAUUAUCUGAAGGAGUACAAUACGAAGAACAAACCGGCGGUGUCGUUUAUUGCAGGAAUAUCAGCCCCGCCGGGACGGAGAAUGGGUCAUGCGGGAGCGAUUGUCAGUGGAGGAAAGGGAGGAGCUGAUAGUAAGAUAAGUGCGCUGGAGAGUGCAGGAGUGGUGGUGGAGAGGAGUCCUGCUGGAUUGGGGAAGAGGCUGAGAGAAGAAUUCGUGAAGAGGGAUUUGCUUUGA